AUGAUGCCGGGCGGUGUCGCGUGGUGGGCAAGUGUCCGGAAUCCAAGCACAUCGGUGGGAGCGGAAGCAGCCCUUUGGCGCACCCACGCUAUCGACGUCUACCAGCGACAAUGGGCCAACGACGUUCAGAUCGGGCUGCACGAUACCAUUUCGAUUCUCAAUGCGUUUGGGUGGCGCCAAGACCUCACGAUCACAGUCAUCUCGUACGUGGACCGCAGCACCAAGUCGACGACGGGUGUGCUCAGCCCCACGUUCAACUUGGACAUUUACACGGCGGUUGUCACCAACAGUACCACCGUACGAAGCGCACCCAACUACAUGGGAGACACCACAAUUGAGCUGUACAGUGGUUUAUACCCAUACACACAAGCCAGCGUCCUCUUACACGACAACCUCGGUCCUCUCAUGUCGAUCGAUCUCUACUUGCUGGCGCCACCGCCGUCGCUACUGGCGGCCGUGACGUCGUUCCACUCUGCGCAUAUUCUCGCCAUUCAAGCCAACCGAUCGCUUCGAGAAGCGUUCGAGGCGCUUCCCGCAACAACGCUUCUGGACCCGAUACCGUUGGCGUGGCAGUCGACCAACUACAGUACGUACUUUGGGGGGAAUCCCACAUGCCUCUAUGGCGCUGGCGCGACCUUUGUCCAGCCGUCCUUCUCGUUUGAGGAUACGUGCACCGCGCAAGUGCCAAGUCGACUCGUGAUCGACCGAAUGGCUGCAGUGUUUGCUGCCAGCGCGAUGUCGCUUACGCGAAACCCAUGCUCGUUGUGCAGCGUGGCGACAGUAGCAGUGUGCUCGAGUCUCGAGGCAGCCGUUGGACCCGUGGCCAAAACGUUGAAAAGUGCUCUCUCCGCAGCAGACGUUGCAGCAGCCGCGACCGACGUCCAGCUGAUGGAGAUUGGCAUCAUUCAAAUGGCCGUGACGCAAGCCACGACCUUUGUCAUCCUCGAGCAGCCCAUGCUUGGCAGCGGCGACUGGGACUUCUUUGGGUACGUGGCACUCUACGAGUGGGCCAUCGGCAUCCGCGAAGUCGUGUCGUUUCAAGGCGACGUCGCAACCUUCAACAUCCUCUCCGAGCCAGUGGACCCUAUCCCGUUUGCAGCCAACGGACUCGAAGUGCCUGUGAAAUCGUGUCGGUACUUCUACGCUGUAUGUGGCAUUACGACGUGUCUCUUUCUGUGUGUCGCUGCCGUCACCGUAUUCCACACGGCGUCCGCGGCACCCAACGAUUUUGUUCAGUUUCUUCGGGUCGCUGGCCCUGUCUGGGUCGGGCGACCGCUCUUGCUCUUGCGCGCGACCGCCGCACUAGCGGCCCUCUGCACUGUGCCUCUUGUCUUUAACGGCGACAACGGUAUUGGGCGCUUUGUGUUUGGCCCACGAUCGCUCAUCGACUCCAUGAUCCUCGCCUUUGAAGCCGUCUGGGCCACGGUGGUUUGCAACGAUAUUCUGCUUGUGCUGGCCCCGCACCGCGCACGAAACGCUGCCGUCCUCUGCUCGUGGCUGGUCUGGCUCGGUAUCGUGUGCCUCGACACGUUGGCACCGCCUCAGGUCGACACGGCAAUGGAGCGUCGCUGUGUUCCUAUCUUUAUGGACGUCGGCUACAAGUGCUCGCGCGGCACCGUGUCAAUUGGCUCAGUGGCACGCGCCAUCGAGCUGCUCGGCGUCAACGCGGUCGCUUUGGCUGUGUCGUAUGUGGUGGUAGGUCGCCCGGCAGCCGCGCCACGUCAGUAGUGAUGUUUGGACUAUGGACGCCGCGGUUGGCGUCAUGAGCGGGUUCGUUUGCUUUCAUAUCGGAGCGACGACGUAUAUCUUUGACGCCAAGCUCUGGCUUCUCUUGUCACGUGGUACAGCGCCGCGCCAAAGCCAUGUCGUUGCGAUCGACGUGUCGCCCUGCCACACUUCAAAUCCCGAGUCCCAUGCCGCACCAUCUGUG